AUGGCUGCAGUGUUCGCUGUUCCGCCGCAGUCGCACAACAAAACGAACACACAACGCGAUUCAGAUACCGGCGCUGCGCAGUCGGCCAUGUCCAGCUCCGGAGAAGCCCAUCAUGACCACCUCCUGAUCGACCUCGCCAUUGGCAUCCCUCCUCAGCAUGUCAAGGCCCGCGCCUCCUUCUCUUCCGCAGACACUGUCGUCUUCGCCGGGCCGUCAGCCAGUUUCGACCCGAGCAGCUCGACGAGCUACGUCCAAGGGUUACGCGACGGCAAAGUCUCGAUCGACGAGCAACGACACGCCGGCAACAUUUCGCACGACCGGAUAGAGAUCGACGGCUGGGUGCUGACCGAGCCAGUCGUGUCCAAAGCUGGUCCGAGCGACCACGGAGCCUACCUGGGACUGGGAUACAAGAGCUUCGUGGGGCCCGACAACGAGGCGCUGGUGCAUCGCCUGAGCACCAAGUGGGAGAAGCCCUAUUACGGCCUGUACCUGCCGCCGCAGGCAUUCCAUUCCUCGAUCGCGAACUCGUGGCGCAGGACCAGCCCACAAGAGGGUAGCGUCCGUUUCGGACAGGCAGAUCCCAGGUACGCGAAGGGAUCCGUGCACUGGCUCGAGAGUGAUUCGCGUCCCGACGGCGCGUGGUCGGUCCAGUUCGACGGGAUCUCGAUCGACGGCAAGAUCGUGCCGAUGAAGGACUAUCCGGAAGCUACGCUGCCGGAGGAGGAUUCGACGGCGUUUCGAACAACCUCGAUCAGGUCGGGCUCCAGGACGAACAUCUUCAUUGACAAGACGUCGCGGAAGUAUGUGCUCCCGGACGCCAUGGUCGACGGGCUCAUGGACGAGGUCGAGGGCGCGGUCAAGUGGGGGUACGGCCCAUCAAACCACACAAUCUGGGAAGUGCCGUGCGAGGCUAAGAACCGCAUUGAACUGAAGCUUGGGAUGAGGGACUACCGCCUUCGGCCGGACGACUGGAUGUUCACGACGGAUAACCGCUGCUUCAGCGACUUUGCCUACCUGAGCGAGUCAAAGACUGGACAGACGCAGCUUGGCACCCGCUUCCUCGAGGCGUUCUACACGCUGUGGAACCUGAAUCCGCCCGAGGUUGGCCUUAUGCGGCUCGACCCCGGCCUGCCGUCGCCGCGCACUGAGCCACCGCCGACGGGACACCAUUUCAACACGUUGAUCGACGAAACCCUUCAUCUCACAGGUCCCAUUUCGUCUCUCGGACUCGCCCGGGCCGGGUUCCAACCAGCAAAGCAGUCGCCCAGAACGCACUACUACUUCCUCGUCGUGUUCGGCGUUUGCGCCAGCGUCUACUGCGUGUUCAGGUUGUGGAGGCGCGGCAAGAUGCCGUUCUCACCACGGUCACCCCGAUACUCCCCAAUCAGCAAGGAGCUCCCCGUGUAA